AGCUGUCCAGUAAGGUGGCCCUGACUGACCGUGUGUGCUAUUGGACCCGGAUGCGUGGGCACACUCUCCACUCUCCAGGCAUCGGGGGCAUCGCUGACCCUCACUGACCAGCAUCAAAAGGUAUCACGUCAACAAAAGUGAAGCGGUUUGUUUCCCACGUCUUUACAUCUUCGGUGCACCUGGAGUGAAGUCUCAGAUGAGCCAAGUGACACGGAGCCCUCAGCGCCUGCCUUCCCACCUGGGAUGCGUCACACCCCACUGGGCUCUUCUCAGCCACCACUUCUGCUUCUGAUCACUGUCAGCACAAUGAUCUCAGGACACAGCACCAGCUCUGGAAUCAGACACAUCUGGAUUCAAGGCUCCCUCUGCCCCAUUGACCUUGGGCAAUCACUUAACCUCUCUGAGACUUCAUUUCUUCUUGGAACUGCCCAGCCCUCCAUCUGUGUGGUUUGAAGCAAAAUUUUUCCACCACAUCCUCCGCUGGAUGCCCAUCCCAAAUCAGUCUGAGAGCACCUAUUAUGAAGUGGAGCUCAUGAGGUAUGGAGAAGAGCGCUGGAAGUCUGUCCCCAGCUGUAACCAGACCCUGGCGCUGUCCUGUGAUCUCACCAUGGUGACCCUGGACCUGUACCACAGCGAUGGUUACCGAGCCAAAGUCCGGGCAGUGGAUGGAAGCCAGCAUUCCACCUGGACCCUCAGCAACACCCGCUUCACUGUGGAUGAAGUGACUCUGACAGUUGGUGGCGUGAAGCUAGAGAUGCACAAGGGCAUCAUCCUGGGAACGAUCCAGCCUCCCAGGCCCGAGGUGGCCCUUCCAGGCGACACAUACGAAAGCAUCUUCCCUAACUUCCGAGAGUAUGAGGUUGAGAUUCGCAAGGGACAGCGUACGUUGAUAAGCAAGAAGGUAAAACAUGAAAACUUCAGCUUCCCAGCCCCUGGAAAGGUGGGAGAGUUCUGUGUCCGGGUCAAGCCAUCCUACACCUCCCGACUGAACCAGGGGGAGUGGUCGAAGGAGGAGUGCAUCGUGGUCACCCCACAGUAUUUCACUGCGACCAACUUCAGCAUCUUCUUCGCCUUCUUCCUGCUGCUCUGUGGACUCCUGGCCUACUGCCUGGCCGUGCAGCUGUAUGUGCGGCGCCGGGGGAAGCUGCCCGCCGUCCUGGUCUUCGAGAAGCCCGGUCCCUUCAGCCUCAUCAGCCAGAUUCCCUGCCCAGAGACCCGUGACGUCAUCCAUCCCCUGGACGAGGAGGCCUUCCCCAAGGUGUCCCCUGAGCUGAGGAACUCGGAGCUGCACGGCAGCACGGACAGUGGCUUUGGCAGUGCCAAGCCAUCCCUGCAGACUGAAGAGCCCCACUUCCUCCUCCCUGCCCCCCACCCCCAGGCGGGGGAGACUCUGGGAAAGGGAGCGCCCCCGGAGCUGGAGAACAGUGGCAGUAGCGGCAGCAGCAACAGCACAGACAGCGGGAUCUGCUUGCAGGAGCCCAGCCUGAGUCCUGGCACGGGGCUCAACUGGGAGCCGCAGGAGAACAACAGCCAGGGCCAGGAUGACAGUGGCAUUGGCCUAGUCCAAAACUCCGAGGGACGUCCUGGGGAGGCACGGGAUGGCUCAGCCUUGGGCCAUGUCGGUUCCCCGGGGCCUGAGGUGUCUGGGGAAGAAGACCCAGCUGCGGUGGCAUUCCAGGGCUACCUGAGGCAGACCAGAUGCACAGAGGAGGAGGCAGGCUGCCUGGAGGAAGGGUCCUCCUCAAGAGAUGGCCUUGGCCCCGAAUUCAGGACGUGCCUGGAUGCCGAGGCAGGCUGGCCUCCACCAGCGCUGGCCAAGGGCUAUUUGAAACAGGACCCCCCAGGAGUGACUCUCGCUGCCUCAGGGGCCCCAGCUGGACAGUGGAACCCACCAAAUGAGGAAUGGUCACUCCUGGGCUUUGCCAGCUAUGGUGACCCCGAAAUGUCUGACUGGAGCUUUGCCCAUGAUCUCGCCCCUCUGGAACCUGUGACAGCCCCGGGCGGUCUCCUGGGCACAUUGGACUCGGACCUUGUCACCCUGCCACUCAUCUCUAGCCUGCACUCGAUUGAGUGACUUGGGCUAAGGACUGCUGUUGAUUUCAGCCAUCCGGGGACCAGGAGGAGGGGCCCCAGGGGUCAGCAGUGAAACAUAGGCCAGUGUGGGCACCGUUCCGCAAGCCCAGUGGGGCCAGCCCUAGCAGGCCUGGCAGAGCUGGCAAAGGUGCCUGGAGCAGGAGAGGCUCUCUUGCUAAACUGGUGCAGGCCGUGUGGGUGGCACUGACCUGUUUUGCAGACAGGGUCCUGCAGACUCCGGCAGAGCUGAGAAGGCAGUGCAGAGACCGCCUCCCUCCUUGCGACUCUUCCUGUUUCAUAAAGGAUUAUUUGCUCAGGGGAAUCGCGGUGUUUUCUGGAGUUGUGGUGAGGCCGCCAGGCUGAAGUCAGCUCAGACCCAGGCCUCCCCCUUAGGCCAGCCGUGUGUCAAGCCCUCCAGCAGGAUGGAGGGCUGGGAGGAUGGGGACCUCAGGGACUUGCUGCAGGAGGCAUUUCUAGCGGGAGAGGAGGGAGCAGAGACCAAGUUUGACCUCUGGGAGGGUCAGAGCUGACCAUCAGCCUGGGGUGGUUGCAGGGAGGAGCUCCCUCCCAGGCGGGGAGCUUGUCAUGGGAGAUCUUAAGGUGUGUCUGUCCUGGUCACGGAGUUAGUCAGUCAGCCAUCGUUAUGGAGCCACAGGGGGACAAAGAAAGCUGAGACCCAGAAGGGGACUCUGGGCUCAGAACUGGUCCCUCUGGGGAUGUCUCGUGUCCAUCUGCAGACAGCUCCCUCUUUCCAGCAAAUAGAGCAGCAUUCCACUGGGGCACUUUCCGUGGCCAAGCCACUCGCUAUCCCCACCCUGCUGCCCCCACCAUCUUGCUGACAGUACCAGAGAAACCAUGGUUGUCUGUAUUGGUCAGAACUCUUCAGACAGCCUCUGGGCUUGGGCACCAGCUCAGCUGCCCCAGAAGGUUGCGGUUGGGACCUGCGCUUGUGUUUGCUGCUAAUGUUCAGCUACAGACCCGUAGGACAGGGCACUGGGCUGGGAUCCCUGCUCUCAGUGUUCAGCUGUGCGACCCUGGUCCAGCCACUUCUCAAAGGGCCUCAGUUACUCCUUCUGUGAAAUAAGGGGCCCUCCAUGCUGGAUAUUAACCAAGCUGUCCUGUGGGGUGUCAUUGCCAACCCUCUCUGACUCUGAGCUGGGAGAAAGUGAACUCCGGAACCCAUGUCUGAGCAAAGCCAGCUGCUUUCUCAGGCUGCAGACUCCCAGAUCUCAGCAUGGCAUCAUGCUAAGAGAGUGUCCAGACACAGCCCAGAACGGGGGGCAGGGGCAGGUCCUGCUCCCCGUGGUCACUUUGGAAUCUGUCUUCAAAGCCAGUUUACAAUCCACGGGCGAGGAAGCUGGGGGGAGUGACAGGCCUGGGGCAGGCUCCCCAGAGUCGUCACAUGACCCUGUAUUUUUCUGUGGCAUUCUGAGAAUAGACAUUCCUGCCCAGAAAAUCCCGCCCGAACCCCUUGCACUCUGCCCAGAAGUUCUUGGGUGCCAGUCCAAUGACAACUCCCCCUGGAGACUGAGGCCAGCGGGAGGACUCCUCUGGGUUCCCUGGGAAGCUUUACUUAUUUAUUUUGUUCAUUUAUUUAUUGGAGAGGCAGUAUAGCACAGUGAAAGAAUUCUGGGUAUUUCAAGAGCCUGGGAGUUCUAGUUCUGACUCCACUGUUUCUUACAUUGGGUGACCUUGGGACAGUCACUUUUCCUUAUCUGUUUUCUCAUCUGUACACUGAGGAGCCUCAGUUUCCUCAUCUGUAAAACCUGACUUGUUCCAUUCAUAGGGACGUUAGGUUCCAUUGAGGACAUGGAUGUGAAUGUACCUUGAACACAAAGCUCUGUAAAUGAAUGAUGUAUAGUUUUUAUCCAAUAAAUUGUUAGGACCACAGGAA